CCGAUAUUGGCCACGGACAUACAUAAUGAAUCUAUAGUGGAAGGGAAAGAAAGGGGAUGAGCGCACGCUAUGUAUCUGAGUCUUAGUGUGGCCCUCCGUUUGGUUUAGGAGAUGCGACCGAAGACAGGAGCAACGAAUGGUCCGCACAGCGUUAGGUGCGCCGAUUUAUGUCCAGCGAGACGAGCUCGAUGCGCGGCGAGAAGCCCGGAGGCAUGACGGCCCUGAUCCUACGCCGACCUUCGACUCAGAACGCUCAUUCAUGGCUUCUGCGAAAAUGGAUAUGGGAGGUGGAGGGCACCCCAAAUUUUUUGCCUCCAACACGUACGUGCCGCCUCUCGGUAAUUUGUUUCAGCAAAAGGGGGUCACCGCUGCCUACGAUUAUCACGUUCCGUCUUGACCCUGCGUAUCAGCUAGGUGUCCAAAUAAUGCGAACCCCACACCAAACUAAAAUGGAUGCAGAGCUUAUUGACAAUAUUGAACGAGACUAUGACUUUUGCCCGAGUUAUUUCCUGUGUAUUGUGAUAUUUAUCGGUUUAUCCGUCCUGGGAGCUCAUCUGGUUCACUGUGUAAACAUAGGCGAGAGACACACAUCGUUGCCACAUAAAUUCUACAACAAAAUUUCUUACUUAAAGGGCAACCCUAAUCCUGUCGCAUAUGGCGCGCCUCCUAACAAAGCAAGCGGAUUUCAAAUCAAGACAUGGAUACCAAAAAAAGGGCACGUCUUUUUCGAUUUCACAACAAGAUUGGCUAUAUGUAUGAUAUGAAUGUAGCCUUCGGCUUCGGUUAUCUGAUUUUCUUUUUUUUUCUCUCCCUCUUUUUU